GCGCUCCCGUUCGCGAGCUUGACGUGUCCCAGCUCUGCAGCGGCUCGUAUGAUGUAGAUCGUUACGGGGGGUUGGAGAACCUGCAUCCCCCAUCCAUACUCCAGCAGCGGGCCGGACCGCUCGGCGCGCGCGUCGAAGGGGAGACCGUUGAGAACAGGCGGUAAAAUCUGCCGCCAAACCGCACACAACCCGCCUCCCUCCCCCGCGCGCACUGACGCUGCUACGGUUCGGGUCAUCCGCGAGGAUGCUCUGCAAGUCCGGCCCGGUUCCGAGGAGCAAGCGAGUCCCGCAGAUCUGCACAGGACCAGAAUCCAGGAAGAAGCUUCUCUGAGGUGCAGCACCCCCCACACCCAACAUGGCCUACAAGAUUCCGGGAGCGGCCAUGGACAGAGUCAGCCUGCUGUGGCGUCUGAGGCGCCGCGCUCGCCGUGGAGCCGUGUGCAUGGCCUUCUUCUGCCUCUGCAUGGCUCUCCUGUAUGCCAUCUGUGCUGAGAACAGCGUUCCCGUCACCGACGCCAUCUUUGGCGUGCGAGCUCGAACCCGCGCUCAGCCUCGUGCGCACUCGGUCUCUAAGGUUUUGAGGGGCGGAGCUAAACACAUGCCCAUCGACCCCCAGAAGCUCCCAGGUGUCAUUCCCGGGGAUCCUCGCCGUCCAAUCCCCAUCCUCUCCUCCUUGAACCGAUCCCACGAAAGUAGAACGUCGGCUCCAAAGCCAGCGUCCAGAACGUCGGGGUCAUCUGGAUUCCUGGCCAGCUUCCUGCCCCGCCCCCUUUCCCGAGCCAUACAAACCCUGUUCGCAGGGCGGCGAAAGGGGGAGUUGAGUGGAAAAGCAGGGGAGGCGGAGUUCUUCGGACCCCAUGGGCUUCUGGGAGAAGUGUGGGACGAUGAGAUGUCGACUAGCAGACUCAGCACUAGAAUGAAGAAGGUGGUGCAGAACUACCAGGCCAUGAAUAAAUAUGGAGUGAAGAUUUCGGGUCCCGUCGGUGGCCCCAGCCAACCCAAGCUGAGCGGUCCGGAGCUUCUCUGUCAGCUCAAACAUAAAGUGGAGGUGGUGUCCUUGACUGCAGACCUGCACCCGUUCUCCAUGCUGCCCUGGGCCUCCCAGCUGCCGGCACAGCAGCUGACCUCUGAGCUGGGACCGUUCAAAAGCUGCGCCGUCGUGUCGUCAGCCGGCUCGCUGCGCAACUCCGGCCUGGGCAAAGAGAUAGAUUCUCACGACGCCAUCCUGCGCUUCAACGCCGCCCCCACCAGCGGUUUUGAGAAGGACGUCGGCUCCAAGACCACCAUGCGCCUCAUCAACUCGCAGGUGAUGGCGUCUGAAGAACAUCGCUUCCUGUCCAGUUCUCUGUACAGCUCAGGUGUUCUGCUGGCCUGGGAUCCCGCCCCCUUCUCCUCAGACCUCACACAGUGGCUCAACCGGACCGAUUACCCCAUCUUCACCCAGUACCAGCGGUACCGCAGGCUCCACCCCCAGCAGCCGUUCUUCAUCCUCCACCCUCGUUUUGAGUGGCAGGUCUGGCAGCGAGUCCAGGAGAACAUGGCCGAGUCCAUCCAGAAGAACCCGCCGUCCUCCGGCUUCCUCGGCACCGUCCUGAUGAUGUCGCUGUGUGAGGUGGUGCACGUGUACGAGUUCCUGCCGUCCAAGAGGAAGACGGAGCUCUGCCAUUACUACCAGCACUUCUACGACGCCGCCUGCACGCUCGGCGCCUACCACCCGCUGCUGUACGAGAAGAACCUGGUCAAGCGGAUGAACCGCGGCUCCGACCACGACAUCUACAGCCUCGGCCGCGUCACGCUGCCCGGCUUCAGCGUCGUCAACUGCACGCAGGCCGCCAAGCCGCCAGAGCACAUGUGAGGCGUGCAGACAGCGUGCAGACGCUCCCUCACUGCCAGACCAGAGCCUGCAGAGACGGAUCAGAACUCCCAGAAGAACUCCUCUGAUCGCAGCUCUUCUCCUCCUGCUCAGAGGAGCAGGAGGAGCAGGAGGUCCUUGUAGCUCCGACUCAAAGCCUUCUUCUGCUUUGGCAGGAAUCGUUUCCACACUGUACAUAAGCUGAUCCACGUCCUGCUGCUGAAGAACCAUCAAGAAUGUCACGACCCGCUUCCUCCGGUCCUCACAGGAAGUCUCCUUUAUUUAUGACCCUCAACCAGAACCAACAGAACCGCACAAGUUUCCCUCAGAGUCUGCAGAACCUGCAUGGGUUCAGGUCUAAAGACCACAGCCGACUGCACCUGCAGAAAGAGACGAACAUGAAUUUAUGUUUCCCUUAAAUCCAAACGAACUCUCUGCCCGCGGUGACGGAACCUCCUUACUGAUGGAAGCUGAGGCUCCGCCCCUUACUGCCCAGCUCAAGGCGUCUGAUCAGGCUCCUCCCACCUAUCUGCAUAUUUACCAGAUGAAAGAAAAGCUGAUGACUCCGCCCCUCUGAUGAUGUCACCAUACUUGUAUUGUCCUCCUGAGUGAGCAUGGCAACAUGACCUCUGACCUUUGUGGAAGACUCCGUCGAGUCUCAGCAGACGUCAGAGUUUCACUCCCUUCAGUUUCAGACUGGAUUCAGUGAAACAACGCCGCUACUGUGGAGACGCCGCCGUCGCCGUAAAGACAGCGAUGCUGCUGCAGAGGAAGAAUCGCUUGUGUCCGCCCCCCCAGACAUAAUCAGACCUGCUUACACCUGUACGGUCAACUGCAGGUGUUCAGAGCGUGUCAGAAGCAUCACACGGUAACUGCGCAACAGCGUCACUCGGUAACCGCGCAACAGCGUAACACGGUAACCGCGCAACAGCGUCACUCGGUAACCGCGCAACAGCGUCACUCGGUAACCGCGCAACAGCGUCACACGGUAACCGCGCAACAGCGUCACUCGGUAACCGUGCAACAGCGUAACUCGGUAACCGUGCAACACUAGCUGCGUUCAUGUGUGCAAAGUGUCCUUGAUCGGCUCCAAGAUCAGAUUAGAAUCGAACUGUGCACAUGGGAGUGAAAAAACUUCAUCCCAUUGUAACAAAGGUUUCCUUGCGUCACACUGGAAUAAAUCACUCUGACAUGAGCAGAACUGUCUAAAAUGCUGGAAAUAGUCGUAGAAGAAGAAACUGAGUUCUGUAGUAAACAAAGCUGCUGUGUAGAGCGAGAUGAUCCUCUGAACAUGCUUUCAUGAUUAAUAACAUUUAAAAGAGACAGUUGGCUCAUCAUUUCCUAGAUCCGUGUGUUAGACAUUUGACCUUGGAUGAACCUGAAAUCUGUGCAGCAAUGUGCGUCCUGUAUGUAAAUAAGUGGGAGUAACAUCAGCUUUUAUUUUGUCUGGACGUGAUUGGAAACAUAAAUAUACGGGAUUUUUUCAGAGGAGCGGCAUUUCCUCCGCCGGCUCACACGUCCUGAAGCCGCUCGGAGGGACAGUUAUUCCGGGAAAGGCGGUCUGAAGCCCACGCCGUGACAAAGCACCCCCCACCCCGACCACAGACAUUAAAGGUGUGAAUCCGGCUGCUCUGCUCACAGCAGCUGAUCUGUUCACACUCCAAAGACGUCUCUGGAUCGCCGCGCCGUCUAUGCGUGACACAAAAUCCAGCGCAGUAACGUUUUUAAGAAAAUACGUAAUUUACAUGAACCCCAAUCAGAUCAACAGGUAUAACCCACCUGUCUGAAUGAGUCUGAUCGGGCCAGAGGAUUCUGAACGGCGUCUUUACAUGGCGUGUUUUUAUUCUGAUCAUUCCGAUUACUUAGCCAUGUAAACGCAGCAGCGUCACACGGUAACCGCGCAGCAGCGUCACCGCGCAGCAGCGUCACCGCGCAGCUACUGUCACAUGGUCACCGCGCAGCAGCGUCACCGCGCAGCUACUGUCACGUGGUCACCGCGCAGCUACUGUCACGUGGUCACCGCGCAGCUACUGUCACAUGGUCACCGUGCAGCAGCGUCACGUGGUCACCACGCAGCAGCGUCACCGCGCAGCAGCGCCAUCUCUGAACAUUUUCCAGCUCAGACGAUUUCUUUAGCCCCUCCCUUUCCUUUCCCAAUGAUUCCUGGCUUCACUGAGGUUUUCCCGCCUUCAGGCUGCCGCCGGACUCUGGCGUUGAACGGAUUUUCGUCUCUUUGCUGAACCCCAGACUGCAAUGUGAAACUUUUGCAUGAAGCGUCUUCCUUUCUACUUAUGCAUGUGAGAGUUGAUCCUUGCUCCAGUGAGGGCGGCUGUGCCGGUGCUGAUGCAGCGAACAGUAGGACUGUCGGUUUCUGAGCAUGCAAACAGGAACUCGACACAAGUCUGAGCUCAGCUGAUGUUUUUAACCUUUCUCUGCACUGAUCAGCCUGUGACUUCACACGCUGCCGUUUGUUUUUAGCCUCACUGACACAAACAGCUUCAUGUUUAGCUGCUGCAGACGAAUGCUAGCGAAGAGUGUCCCGUUCCUGUGUAACGGUCCUGUUCCUGUCCACGUUUCCUCCCUGAAUGUUCCGGUGUAUUCCGAUGCGUGUGAAUGGAUCUGCUGUCUGGUUAGUCCGUCCUGCUCACAGGCUCGGGACGUCCUGCAGAUGCAACAGAAGCUGUAGCUGACUCUGACCAGCUGGAUGUAGCCGUGUUCCUGCUGAUGUUUGAAGAGAUUUUACCUCGCCGUGACGUUCCACGCCGUCUGCUGUUUGUCCCGUAACCAGCUCCAGAGCGCGGCCCUGGCCGGGUCGGCUCCUCCCCGGCGGGAAAGCGGCACAGGGAAGAGGAGACUGCACUUUGCUGUUUUAUUGUGAAUGCCUCCAUUUUGGUAAAUAUAGUUUCCCAGAGCUGAAAUCUGA